UAUCUCCAUUAUUUUUUGUCCGUACUCAUUGCUGCAGCUAUGGCAAUCCGUUUCAUUGUUAUGAGGGUUACUGUGGCCCAUGCCCUACAAACUGGGUAUGUUAGAACAAUUGCACCGAUUUUCUGAUGAGAGCAAAAACUGGUUACCAGAGCCAGGCUUCCUGUAUGUCUCAAAUUCCAGCCUUCUGAAGAUUAUACACUGAAUUGUACUUUAUUGGUGGUUUCACACAGGAUUUUUUUAAAUUGGUGAAGUCAUAUCAUUGGAUGGGACUAGUAAAGAUUCCAACAAAUGAAUCCUGGCAGUGGGAAGAUGGUUCCAUUCUCUCACCCAACCAAUUAACAUUGGUGAAAAUGCAGAAUGGAAGUUGUGCUGUCUAUGGUUCCAGCUUUAAAGCCUAUACAGAAAACUGUUUAACUCCAAACACCUACAUAUGCAUGCAGAGGGCUGUGUGAGGACUUCAUAAACCAUCUCAAUAAAAACCAGGAAUAGAGAAGGAAUUCUCCAACAAGAAAAAUGUCAUCUGGGAUGACAGGAAACAAGGAAAAUGAGACAAACACAGAAAACAAACUUCUUAGGCCCUUCAGGGCCAAACCAUAGAACAAUUCACUACUGCAAAUGUCUGAUAUUCUGCAAGACAACGGAGGACAACUCAGGGGUCAUCAAGAUGGCCCUUCUCACCACAACCCAGAUGGUACAGAAUAGGCAGGUGGGAGACAUCUUGGAUAUCUAACAGUGGGACCAACAUCUAGAGGAGUAGUGAGUGAAUAAGUCCCUACAUAGUUCUGGUGGUACAACCUUCACCAACUAGAAAACUGCCAUAUGGAUAGUGCCACAGCAGAGACUCAAGGGUAGGCAGUGCCAUGUCCAGGUGGGGACAUGAUGCAAGAAGACAUGACUUCUCCCCUUGUGCACUGGAGGGCAGAGUAUGAAGCCAACGAAGAUUCUUCUUGAGCCUUAAGUCUUAUGGAGUUUGCCUUGCUAGAUUUUGGAAUUUCUUGGUAUCCAUCAGCUUUUCCUGUUUCCUCCUUUUGGGAUAGGAAUAUCUAUUUGAUGCCUGUCCCAUCAUUGUAUUCUGAAAGCACAUGACUUGUUUUAUUUCAUAAGUUCACAACUGGAGAAUAAUUUCUCGUUCUCACCUACAUCUGACUUGGAUAAUAUUUAGAUGAGAUUUUGGACUUUAGGUGAGUAGAUACUGGAAGGAGUAAAGACUUUUUGGAUUUUGGGGAUAGAAUGGAUGUGUUCUACAUAUGAGAAGGACAUGAUUUCAUUGUCCAGGAGUGGAGUA